AACCAUAAUCAGAAGAAAAAUCUUAAAAAAUAUAAAUGAAUUAACCUCAAAAUAUAUCUAACCAAAAUUAGUAAAUAAAACCUAUUUUAAUAUCACAAAAAGCAGGAGACGGAUUAUGGUGUUAAGUACGAGAAGAAUAAUAUAAUUAAAUUGCUGAAAAGAUAGUUUAGAAAAAAGAAAAAUAGUACACAUCUAAAAUAGAAAAUGAAAUAUUAUAAACUUUAGAAAAAUAAUGUUCAGAAUUAGGAUAAAAAUUAGAAAAAUAAAUUGUAAUAGUGUAAUAAAGAAAUAUAGAAAUAACUUAAAUGAAAAAAAUAAUAGAUAAUUAAAACAUUUAAAUAUAAGAAUAAAUGA